AUUUCUCUGAGUCCAGGGCUAAACACACCUUUAUUCCGCCCCUGUUCGUUAGAAAACAUCCACCCUCCUCUUCAUCAUCGGCAGCUGCUUCAUCAUCCUGAAGCUGCACGACAGACUGAGGCUUUACAGGUGGACACGGAGAGGGACAGGUGGACAAAACGACAGAUAGAAGGACUCGGAGAUGAAGACAUGUGGACGGACGGACAAAUGGACCAAACAGCCAUGAUGUGUGCUGCCUUCACGUACCUCCUCCUCCUCCACCCGCUCUGAAUCACGGAAAAACACCACCAUGAAGCGGUUAUUUGUGCUCUGCUGUGAACCGGUGAGUCUACCGAUACACACCGACAUAUAACCCCCAAAACACACCUCAAUAACCGGGCUCAUUAACAGCAUAGUACCGAGCUUUUAUCGGGUUAUUUCGGCUCAAAUCUGCCGGUUAACCGAUCACCUGUGGACAUCUGGCGGGAAAUCUCCUUUUAUAUUUCAUAUUUCAUUUUAAUCGAUCAUGUUUUUAUUAUUUUCCUGACAUUUCUUCGCCCACUCUCAGUCGGUGUUUUGCGGUAAAUCAGAUGCAGGAGCAGACAUGUUGUAACUACAGGCCGGAUACAUGAUGCUGCUCUGCCUCCAUCAACGGCCUGUUUAUCUGAUUGAUUUCUGAUCGAUAGAUUAUGUUUUUCAGGAUCUAAAUGAAGACAGCAACCACCAACGACAGCCUACAUAUUGGGAGGUGUAUUAUUAUUAAACAUAUGUGUGUGUAUUUCUUUGUUAGAUUGUAUUUCCUCUCAGAUUAAAUAAAAAAGGAGCUCCAAGAUCACACCGUGUUGUUUUCCAGCAGAUUUUCAGGUACAUUUAGGCUCCAUUUACUUUUCAAUUAUGUCUAAAUACAAUACAGUGAUACAAAGGAAACAGCAUAAGGUCAUUUUAGACCUUUACGGUGUCAUAUUCAAUAAAAAAUAAUGUGACAUAAUUUACUGUUUGAGAUUCAGAAGCUCCACUGCAAAUAUCUCACACCUUUGUAAAACAAAUGUUUUAUUUUGAAAGAAAAGUGACUCUGUUAGGCUUAAUUUAAGUCCAAAAACAAGGGAUAUGUCAAGAUAUUACAUGUCAAACAUCAAAUGGGUUAAAAAUGGUUAAAUAGGCCAAGAAAUAUAUGUGACAAUGUAUUUCAAGAAGUUGACAAAUUUUCUUUCUUUCUUUAACUGGCAUUUUUUCAACCAAUUACAUGCAUUUUUAUCUAAAUGAUAUAUGUUAUAUCUCAGUAAAUAAGAUAUACUCUGGACUUUCAAUGCAAAUUUUGCAGAAAUAAAGCAAAACAAGACAAAAAUACUUCCUCAGAUCGAGUUUGCAUGAAAAGGUUUUUUUCUUUGCUGAGAUCAGGUUGUAUCUUGGAAAAAUUUAUGGAUACUGUUUAUGUUUGCACAUAAACAAAGAUUACUUAAAUUUUUACCUCUGUAAUUUUCUUAGAGUGAAUUUUAUUACAGGCUCAAGUCCCAAUAGCAUGACAUACACCACAACAUUAAGAAAAACAGACAAUAUAUAAUAAAAAAAACCCAGAUACAUUAGACUCUUACAAUAACUAAAUUUUGGUCUUUUAGUAACAAAAAUAUGGAUUUAUAGCUUGGACUAGAAAUCCUCCCUUGUGGCUUAAGUUGCAGCCUUUACAGCCUUCUUUGUGGCUGCAGGCAGAAAUGUUUUACCAAAUAUGCUCACUAUAAUUGCACCUACAAGUCCUUUAAUCCCUUAAUUCUCCUUUUUAGCAGAAAAAAUAUAUUUUUAAAUGUAAGACACUCUACACUGGCAUUGAAUUUGCAUUGCAUUUGUGUGUAAGUAGGCUAACCAGUCAGAAUGAAUGAGGUUGCUAAGAAGGAAAUCCAGCAGAGUAAACACAAAGGCGGUGAUAAACAGAGAUUUCACCUCUUGGGUUUCUCCACAUCCUUAAUAGGCGACUUCAGAGGCGAGCACGAUCUCUGUGGACACUAAACUGGGAUCUUGUGGUGGUCUAAUGAAAUCAACCAGCAGCUCAGGCUGGGAAUAAGCUGCAGCUGAAAGGUGUCAGGGGUUGUUAUAUUUCCUCUAAGGCUGAGGUGUAUUACUCCAGCAAUGAGAGCUCCAUAAUGAAAAAACUUAUUUCAUAUCUUGGAUCAAUACAUGAGAUUUAUGUUGCUAAUGUUUCAAAGAGAUUAAUGAAAAUGUUAACAUCAUCCACAAGACGCCUUCAGGGUCCCUAGAUGUGACUCCUGAAGUGGAACUUUGUCUUUAUUACAUUGUUCAAAGUCUCUGACAGCUAACUGAGGCGUGUUGCAGUUUGCCGGUGAUGUUGGUUUUCUCAAUUAGGAGCAGACCCAUCUGUCCUGUAUGUCUUUAUCAGAGUUAAAGGAGAAGAAUCACCAGACGGACUCUUUGAGUCUGUGUGACCAAUCUCCUUACCUAGCUAGUGAUAUUUACACCCAGUGACUCUAGUAUUUUCUAGCCUGUCAAACUUCUUAGUGACUACUAACCAACCCACCAGCUGACUAGCGACCAAUCUUCCAACUGACCGAAGGGUUGGUCAAUUAAAGGGCUAAAGUUAAUUUAGGUUCAAACUCACCGCAACACAGAGUUAGACACCCCCUCCAGAGAUGAAUGUUGCCGACCGCUUGCUUCUCUAGUUAUACCAACUUAAGUAACGACCGCAUGAUAGCAAUACACAGUGGUCUGAGAAGCCAUAAACAAACCUCAACCAGAACGCCACUCUAUAGCCACAAAUAAUGCUCAGAACUGCACCUAACUUCAUCAACAGGACAUAUAGGGUCCCAGCCAUAGUACUAGCCACCAAACAUCUUUUUAACUUUGCCUAAUUUCUUGAGCAACGAGACUAAACACAACUCAACUACUCUCUUUCAGCGGCCGUUUGUUUGUAGCAAGACCUCGGGCCAGUCCAUUAUUCCAUACAGCGGAGUGACGCAGCUCAAGGAAGAACAUUUAUAAUAAUUUCUUUAUCAUUUCCUUGAAGUAAUAAUCACCAUAUUAAUCAUUUUGCACUGCAGACGCGGUAGUUCUUCUGCCUUAGAUUCUAGGUCUGAUUGCAUUUCCAUGAAGAAAUGAUCUUAAAUGUUCUUCCUUGAGCUGCGUCACCCCACUGUAGUCCGUUAUGACUGGCCUGAGGUCUUGCCACAAACAAGCGGCUGCUGGAAGAGAGUAGGUGAGUUGUGUUUAGUCUCUUUGCGAAAGAAAUUUGGGUUUGUGUGGCUCCUGAGACCGCUUUGUAUUGCUAUCGUAUGGUCGUUUCUGAAAUGUCCAUGUAGAUUCUCAUUCAUCCAGGUCAUGGUUAUCUUGAAGACUUAAAAACAGGCAACUGGACUGUUUCUGAAGUUGGUAAAACUAGAGAAGUAAGCGGUCGGCAACAUUCAUCUCUCAACGAGGUGUCUAAGUUGGUGUUACGGUGUGUUUGACCUAAAAUUAAUUUUACGCCGGAAUGUCCCUUUAACCAACCCACCAGCCAACUAGCUACCAAUCUUCCAACUGACUGAAAGGUUGGUCAAUUAACUAAACAACAGAUCGACCAGAUAAGUACUCAACCUACCAACUUACCAAAAGGUAAACCAAUUAAACCACCUCCCAAAUGAUCCUUACCGACUGACUCUUCAAACUGAGGACAUACUGACUACAGGAUUGUCAAUAACACUGCCUGACACUGCACAAGUUUGCUGUGUGGAUGCUGCUGUGGUCAAGACAUAACCGUAUCACAUUCUACUCUAUCUCUGGUGUGUGGUUUGAGUGGUUGGAGUAACGGUGUGUCUUUUUUCUGUCUCCACAGCUCCUCUUUGUUGCACUCUCAUAGAAAUGGUGUACGCCCAAUCUCCAAGCACCGUCGGUGUCAAUCCCUCCCUCUACUCUCCAUCUUUCACAUAUCAGAUGUCAUUUAACUACUCUGAGAGGAAAAACAACUCAACUGUCCUGGCAACCUUACCCACAACCCCCCUCUGCAGCCUUGAGGGCUCACCCUCUGGCGAGCUGAACAGGACUUCUGCCACCUAUGAACUGACGACGGGUGAGGCCGUUGUCCUGGGCUUGGUUUUUGGUGUUCUCUGGUUGGUCUCCAUCCUUGGAAAUGCCCUGGUCUGCCUGGUCAUCCACCGGAGCCGACGGACUCAGUCCACCACCAACUACUUUGUGGUGUCUAUGGCCUGUGCAGACUUGCUUAUGAGCCUGGGUUGCGCCCCCUUCAUCCUCCUCCAGGUUGCAGCAGGACAAUGGCCGCUGAGCGCCGCUGCCUGCAAGGCUGUGCGCUAUCUUCAGCACCUCUGUGCCGGAGUGCAGGUCUAUGUUCUGCUGUCUAUUUCUGUGGACCGCUUCUACACCAUCAUCUACCCGCUCAGCUUCAAAGUGUCCAGAGAGAAAGCCAAGAAGAUGAUCCUGGCCUCAUGGCUGUUUGACGCCGCCUUCAUGUCACCCUGCCUCUUCUUCUACGGUUCAGCAUCUACAGCCAGCAGUCACUGUGACUUUUUCCUCCCAGACAGCUGGGGUGGUGUAGCCUAUGCUGCGGUUCAUCUUCUGUUUGGGUUUUUGGUCCCGGUUGGGCUCCUUGUGUCGUUUUAUCAGCGAGUGGUACGCUACAUCUGGAGGAUUAGCGCGGAUGGCCGCACGGUGCGUCGGACAAUGAACAUCAUCCCGAGAACUAAAGUCAAGACCAUCAAGAUGUUCCUGAUGCUUAAUACAGUUUUCUUCCUCACCUGGAUGCCCUUCUACAUCGCCCAGCUGUGGCACCCGAGGGAGUCUGACGGACCCAACAGGCAGGGGUUGCUGUUCUUCACCGCCAUCGCCUGGAUCUCCUUCAGCUCCACAGCAUCCAAGCCGACCCUGUACUCUGUCUACAAUGCAAACUUCAGGAGGGGCAUGAGGGAGACCUUCUGCAUGUCGUCCAUGAAAUGUUACCGCAGUAACGCGUACACCAUCACGGCCAGCUCUCGGAUGGCCAAAAAGAACUACAUUGGGGUGGUGGAUAUCCCCGUGCAAGCUAAGACCGGCAUCAAGGACUCGGUUUAUGACACGUUUGACCGAGAGGCAAAGGAGAAGAAGGUAGCCUGGACCACGAACGUCAACCCUCCAAAUACUUUUGUCUGAGUGGGAUGGGACAAUCUUGAAAACUGUGAACUCCUAUAAACAGACUAAUCUAAAACUUUAUUUAAACAGCACCCUGUCGGUGUCGGCAGUUGAGCUCGCCGGGUUCAACAUGCGAGCCCUGGAAGAACAGAAGCGUAAAACCAGAAUGUGUCCAGUUUGUGUAAAGGGCUUUUUUUUCAGAUGUACUACACCUUCCUGCCACCAUGUUGAAGGUUCUGAGCUGCUGUGAACAGCUGGAAGUUUUUAUAUCCAGAUUUUAAUCAUAGUUUAUCUGUGUGCUGUAUUUCGAUGGAUCGUUUGCAUAUUUUGUGUUAUGAUGUCAGCUUGUCAGCUAGCUAACCAUAGUCUGUGGCAUCUCUCAGUGACCUGUUGACAAAGCAUCUGGUUCGCUUCAGUUAUGUAUGUGGUAGAGGCUAACGUCAGCUGUGGCUAUUACCAGGUGUUAACAUUGACUUCAUCAACUUCGCUAUGCUAACAGUAAUGCUGAGUCAGCUAGCUAACAAAGCCCGUAUUCCACAGUUUAUUCAGGCUAACUAGGCUGAGUGCGUCAGAGUGAAACACAGUAUUCUCACAGAAUAUGAAGACUGUAGAGUUGCACAGUGGGCGAGGUCCAGGACUUUUCAGGUCUUUGCAUAUAACUGCCUGAUUUAUUAAACAAUCUAGCCUUUGCUGAACGAUU